AUGGGUGUUACACUAAAGAAGGUUGAUGCAGUUUUGGGGAUGGACUGGUUUUCUGCCAAUCCGGUGUUUAUUGGAUGUGAAAAGGAGUUAAUCAUCAUUCCAUCUAGUGAAGCUACUCCAAAGGAUGUAUUAACUAUUAUUUUGGAAGGUACGGUUGGCAUGGUUAAUUUCUUGUUCGAGAAGGAAAAAAUUGUUCUCUUGGUUCUCACCAAGGAAUCAAGUGACGAUCUGAAGGUUGUGCAAAUUCCUAUAGUUUGUGAAUUUCCAGAAGUUUUCCCCGAGGAUGUCACUUAUCUCCCUCCCAAAAGGGAAGUGGAAUUAUCUAUUGACCUGGUACCUGGAGCGACCCCAAUAUCCGUUUCUCCGUAUUGUAUGACACCACUUGAGCUGAGAGAGUUGGAGAGUUGA